CAAUUUACCCUUUCCUAUUUUUCUGUAUUUUUUUCUGUAUUUUUCUGUAUUUAUUACCCGCAUUCAACCUAAUUUACACACUGGCUCGCUUGCUUGUAUUUCUUCACAACUCAAAAUGAAGGGCAUUGACGACGAUUCACCGAGCUUGGCCGAAUGCGAUGACGGAAAAACCUCGCAAGCCAAAUGGCUCCAGUGGGCCGAAAAUACAUACAAGGACGAAAGCAUCAGACAGGCGUUCAAGCAGCCGGCCCUUCGCGCCGCUAUCAAACAGCACUCGCCAAGCAGCGAGAGGCACAGCUGCAUGCGGAUGCGGGUGGCGCGGCUUAGCGCGAUGUUCACCGCGCAACUGCGUGAGGGAUGCAAGGCUGGGCCGUGCGAGGUGGUGUUCUGCCGCGGCAACGCUCGCUACACCAGGCGCUUACAGCGGCUAGGGGGUGCGGCAGUCGAGUCGUUGGCACUAGAGUUGGCGCAGCGGGCAGCCGAGAACCCGGAGCAGGCAGACAUCCAGCCACAUACCGAUGCGCAGCUGGGAAGGAGCCAUGCCGGGCAGUCUAGCACAUAUGCAGGCACAAGCAAUGUUGGCAGCAAAGAGCGGUCAUUUGCACAGACAUUCAACGCACGCAUGCGGCGCGCCCUAGCUGGCGACAGGGCCAGCAAUAGCAGGGCUGCGGGAAGCAUACACGAGCCGAUGAGCACGGUUGCCGAGGCACUGCUGGGUGCGGCAACCAAAAGCGGCUUGGCUCCAGGAAUCAAGGCGGCAAAGACACCCCCUCCGCAGAUCCUGUCGCUGCCGCCGCCGCUGACAACGAUAGCAGCGCCGCCGGGCGUACUUGGCAGCGAAUCGUCGGUUGCAAUUUUGCGGCUGGACGCACAAACGGCGCACUCGGUGAUAGUGAUCGAUGGACAACUGAUGUGCAACACGAUGCAGGCGGUGUUUGGCUCGGCCGAUCUGCUCUCGCAGUGCUUCAUCGAGGCAAGCGACAGGCAGGCGCCAUUUUCUAUGGACUUGCCGACGGCACUGCGGUUCAGCAUGCACGCUGCGAGCAAGGGCACGGCCUGCAUCCACGCGCUGCGUCCGAGCAUCGCCGAAAUCGACGCGCGGCUGCGCAAGGCCGAGGCCGCCGCGGCAGCCAGCAACACGCGGCUCAGCGACUCGGAGGCCGACGCGCUGGCGCGAGCGCUGGGUACUGCCGCAAUGGUGCUGGCGCUAGUGGUGACGCAGAGCGCGUGCGAGGACGUCGACCGCGCCGAGCUGCAGCGGCGUGUGGGGCGGCUGGUCCUGCGCAUAACGUACUUUACUGAGCCGCUGUCGGCUGCCGAGCUGGCGCAAGGCUGGCAGGUGCGGUUUGCGCGCGACAGUCGCAUGCGGCGGCAGUGGCUGCGGUGGUGGGCGCGUAUGCCGGCCGUGGUUGUGCAGCUGUGGGUCAGGCCGCUGCAGCUCGAGGCGCUGGACACCGUUAAGCAGCUGGGGGGGCUCGUUAGCAGCGACUACGAGAUGGCGCAGCGCGUAGCGGCCAAUCCGCUGCGCCACGCCGGCGCGCUGGAGCUGCUGCGGCUGCUGAGCGACGCCAACCACGCUCUGAUGCGCUUGGGGGCUGGGGCCGAUUCGAUGGCCCACGCUGGCGUGUCCCAGCGGCUGGCACUGCCACACGGUCACAUUGGGUUUGGCCGGCCAAACGUCGUGUCGCUAAAGGAGUUCCGCGACCGCCGCUUACUCGCGUGCUUUGAUCUGCGACAUGAGCUGCUGCGGUGGAUCAACGCGAUGCGUGAGCGCAGCAGGCAGCAGCAGGACGAUGUCAACGGCAUUUGUGAUGACAGCAGCAGGGGCGCCGCCAUUGCCAGUGAUCGACGGACGGCGCUUAACAUAUUCAGUCCGUUCGCGUACCCGUUCUUAUUUGGGCUGGCCGACAAGAUUAAGCUGUUGGCCGUCGAGAUGCACGCGCGCAUGGCACAGCGCUAUCUGGGCGCGCACGACCGCCAGGCCGAGCUCGUGCAGCAGCAGCGUGUGCUGGGCAUCGACCCAGUUGCUGAGAGCGAGGUCUACGCUGGCGUACGGCCGCAGUGGCCGCUGCUGGCGGCCAGCACCGCCGCGGUGUCGCAAGCCAGCAGCCCGUACCUUGUGCUGAGCGUGCACCGCUCGCGCCUGCUGCUGGACACCGUCGACAUGCUAUCGGCAGCGCGCGGUCGCGUGCGCUUCCCGCUCAAGGUGCGCUUCAUUAUGGGCGGCGAAGACGGGCUCGACAUGGGCGGCGUGCAGAAGGAGCUCUUUGCGCAGCUUUUGCCGCAGCUGCUCACGCCUGAGCGCGGCCUCUUUGAGGUUGUGGCCGCUGGCCGCGGUUAUCUGUGGCCCAACGCCGCGUCGCCGCACUCGCUGGCCGAUUUUGAGACUGUCGGCAUGCUGCUGGGCAUUGCCUUUGCCAACGGGAUUACGCUUGACUCGGCCACAGCGCCGCUUGCACCAAUGCUUGCCGGCCUGCUCGCCCACAGCGGCCCUCAGCAGCCAGCACGGUUCGCUAGCGUGCCGCUAGCCGUGUUCACCGAGCGCAUGCAGUCGUCGUUCCCCGAGCUCGUCAACGGGCUGCUGCAUCUGCUCCAGUGGGACGAGAGCAACGGCUCGGUCGAGGACAUUUAUUGCCGCUCAUUCGAAAUCACAGUGCCUGACCCUCUGCGCGUCUGGCACAUGCGCGCCGAAGCUGCCAUUGGGGGCGAGACCACCGGGUCGGCGGAGACUGCCCAUCUGACGCUGCGGCCGCCGUUUGCGCAUCUGCCACUGCCCAUAACCGCUGAUUCAGCCGACACUGUGACGUUUCCGCUGGUCGACAGCGGCAGCACCAUCAAUGUCACCGCCGCCAACCGCGCGCAAUAUGUGCGGCGCUACCUUGAGUUCAUUGCCUUUGAGCAUGCACGUGCGCAGAUCAACGCCCUGCGCAGCGGCUUUAUGCGUGCUGCUGACAGCGUCGUUUACCGCAUGCUCUGGCCCAGCGAGCUGGUCGUAUGGCUGGGCGGCGGCGGCAGCGGCAGCAGCUCUGCCAACGGCGUCAGCAACCACGGCGGGGUGCUUGAUGUCAGUGAGUUGCAGCGCAUUGCCGGCUACGACGACGAGUACACGGCGGUGCACCCGAUUGUGCAGCGGUUCUGGCGCGUUGUGGGCUUAUUUUCGCAGGAGCAAUUGUGCCAGCUGCUGGCCUUUGUCACAGCCUCCGACCGCUUGCCCCUGGGCGGCUACGACAAUAUCACAUUUGUCAUCCAGCGCAAUGGCCCCCACAGCGACCGUCUGCCCACUUCGUUGACUUGCUUUGGCCGCUUGCUGCUGCCCGCGUACGAGUCCGAUCCGAUAAUGCGGUCGCGUCUGCUCACUGCCAUCGAGAAUUCAUCUGGAUUUGGUUUGGUCUAAGUCAAUAUAUAUUUUUUACUGUUUCAAAUAGGAGGCGCGCGUGUCGUCACCAUACUAUCGGUUCAAAAUACAAGGUAUUUUUUGCUGCUGCCACAAUCACAGUCACUGACUGUAGAUCGCCGGUGCUGAUACUGUUAGCGCUGGUAUUAGCGGGUUUCCAAGUGCGUGCUAAUUAUCCUUUUGUCGUACAAUGUGCUGUUGACAACAAGGCAGUGCCGCUACAAACAAUACUACCAAAAGUACAAAAUGAUUGUUUUAAUGUUUUUGCUUUACUUUAUAUUGUUUUUAUAUUAUGUUUUUGUGUGUUCUAGGCAGCACAUUAUUUUAAAUGAAGCAAUGCAGCCACAUUUACAUUUACAUUCACAGCCACAGCCUCAUAUGCACAAUAUACUUUCAACAAGAGGGGAAAUGAGGGAUGCGAGGGAACAGGGAGAAAAAGCUAAAUAAAGGUGUUG